GUUUGGAGGGGCAAAGUGAGACAAAGCAUGGCUAAUGGAACCACAUCUGAGCGUUGAACCCUUCUGUCCUGGGAGGUAGUCCAGACAUGACCACAGUGUCCAUGGAGACUGUUGGAGUACUGAUGGAAAGGGGAGCCAAUGCCACCAACCCUCCUCCGAACACGCAUGAGGACACAGCCGCAACCUUUACCAUCGGCACCAUCCUCUCCAUCAUGUGCCUCGUUGGAGUCUCGGGGAACAUCUACACCCUGAUGGUCAUGUGCCAUUCCAUGAGGACUGCAGCCUCUAUGUACAUCUACAUCAUAAACUUAGCAAUGGCAGAUCUGCUGUAUCUUCUCACCAUACCCUUCGUAGUCUGCACACACUUCCUAAAGUUGUGGUACUUUGGGGACGCAGGGUGCCGGAUUCUGAUCAGCAUCGACUUCCUGACCAUGCAUGCCAGUAUCUUCACGCUGACUGUCAUGAGCACGGAGCGCUACUUUGCUGUGCUCAAGCCACUCGACACAGUCAAGCGGUCUAAAAGUUACCGGAAGGCCAUCGCUCUACUAGUCUGGGUUGCAUCUCUCAUCCUCACCCUACCAAUGAUCGUAGGCAUUCAGCUAAGGACAGUGGGCAACAAGGCUAUGUGCCAGCCCACCUUGUCGCCACUCUCCUACAAGGUUUACCUCUCCUUCCUGUUUUGCACUAGCAUUGUCGCCCCUGGACUGAUCAUUGGCUAUCUCUACAUCCAGCUUGCACGCACUUAUUGGGUUUCACAGACCGAGACCUUCAAACAGACUAAGAAACUUCCCAAUCAAAAGGUGCUGUACCUGAUCUUCACCAUUGUGCUCCUCUUCUGGGCCUGCUUCCUGCCCUUCUGGAUCUGGCAGCUGCUGGGUCAGUUCCACCCCUCGCUGUCCCUGUCUGGCAAAGCCAAACGCAACAUCAACUACCUGACCACGUGUCUGACGUAUUCCAACAGCUGCAUUAACCCUUUUCUGUACACGCUGCUCACCAAGAACUACAAGGAGUACCUGAGGAAGCACAAGCGGUCCUGGUCGGCUGGCAGCUACUUCAACCGGAAGAGUCGCUUUCAGCGUUCGCCACGCAGGUCGCCAUCUUCCAGCAGUCAGCAGUAUACUGAGAGCUUUAUGCUCACACGCACAGCCUCCCUGCGAGCACAUAACACCAGUUUGUAAGAUAUGACCGAGCUGUGCUGGAAGAGGAAGAAAGGACACAAGGAACAUGUUGAAGACGACAAAAACACACGAGCAGAAUCUGAUCUCCUCUUCACCGCAACUGUGAAAGAGGAUGAAGAAGACUGAAGAUACUUUUGUAUUUGCAGUUCAACGUGUGUGGACCAGCAGGAACUGAACGAGAAGCCGGUUUCUGCCGUUUGAGACUGUGCAAAGUAGACACCCUCACGUCUGUAUUUAUUCGUCACUCCGAGAACCUCCUGUGGCAUAAGGAGAAAUAUCAGCGUCUUACAUAACAAAAUGAGACUUUAACUUUUAUGCUUUCUCGUACAUUUACGCUCUGUGCUUCUCAAGUGGCUUCGUGAAAUGCAUGUAAAAGUGUCUUUGAAACUGUUAUUUCUGUUACAACAGGGAAGUAAGAUAAAGGCAACAUUAUAGAGGUAUCAGAGGCUUCAAAAAAAGGGAAAUGAAUGUCAGUAAAGCUGAAGUGAAAAAAGUGAA